AUGAAGACGGCUGUAACUGUUCUGCAGGAAAUGAUGGUGAAGAUGGGCCAGACACCAGAAUAUGAAUGUAUAGCUCAGAGCGGGCCGCAGCACCAAGCCAUGUUCGACUACCGCUGUAUGGCGUGCGGCGUAGUAGUGACGGCCACGGCGCGGUCCAAGAAGGAGGCCAAGCAGGAGGUCGCGCGCCUCAUGCUGCAGCAACUGUCGCGCCGUGGGCACGCCGUGCCGCCGCCCUACGCCGCGCCCGCCGCGCCCUUAAUCCAGGACACGAUCCCGGGCGGGACGAGCGGUUCCUGUGACGUGCGAAGCUACGUGGCGCUGCUGAAGGAGCUGUGCGAGGAGUACCGGCUGCCCGCCGUGACGUACGAGCUGGUGGGCGACACAGGCCCCCCGCACCUGCGCCACUUCACGAUGCGCGCGCGCAUCGGCCAGCACGAGCGCGUGGCCACGUCCACCACGAAGAAGGCGGCGCGCCAGCUGGCCGCGGAGGAGCUGUACUCGUACCUGCGCGAGCACCUGGCGCGCGUCACCCGGGACUUUAACGAGGAGGACGCGCUGGUGCGUGCGCACGAGAAGGCCAUGGAGCGCUACGUGGAGGGCGAGGAACACUUGCGCCGGCCCGAUCUAGGACUGCGCAUCGCGGACUACCACCUCGCACUCGUUGCGCGACUCGACGAGGACACGCGCGCACAGGCGCUGGCAGCGCUGGAAGCGGCGCGAGAGCUGCCACCCGAGGGCGCGCUGGACGCCGUGGCGGCGGCGCUGCGGCUGCGGCUGGACGCCGCGGUGCUGCCGCCGCUGAGCGCGGUGCAGCUGUCGGGCGCCGGCCCGGACCUGGCCUUCGCGGGCGCCACGCCGCAAGCCGCCGCAGCCGACGCGCUCGACUAUCUGCGCCGCGCGCUGCAACUAAACACGCCGGUCCCGGUCGACUUACCGAACCACCCUGGCAUUGAUGAAAUUAUGCGACCUGUCCUCACUGACCUGAUUGACGAUGAUAUGAUCAUGUAA